AUGAGUGUGGAGCAAAAAGCCUUCCGCAAGUUCUUGAAUGAUAGUGAGAUCAUUUGGCGCUUCAACCCACCACAUAGCUCUCAUUUCGGAGGUGUCUGGGAGCGCAUGAUUGGUGUUGCCAGAAGAAUUCUUGAGCAAAUGCUCAUGAACGUGCCACAUUUAACACACGAUGUGUUAGUCACAUUCAUGGCCGAAGUAUGUGCGAUUGUUAAUUCCCGCCCUAUUACACCUGUGUCCAGCGACCCGGAGAAUCCUGAAAUCCUCACUCCAGCCAUUCUACUUACACAAAAGUCAGGUCCCGUAACAUCUUGUGCAACAGAGCCUGGAACCUUGGAUACCAAAGACAAGUACCGGCAGCAGUGGAGGCAAGUGCGACAUCUAUCUGAGACAUUUUGGGCCCGAUGGAAAAAGGAGUAUCUUCCCACUCUGCAAAAACGUCAUAAGUGGACCCAUGAGAGUGAAAGUGUCUCCGUGGGAGAUGUCGUGCUGUUAAAAGAAAAGCUGAAACAUCGUACCGGAUCGCCAAUUGGACGAGUGCUGGAAGUUUUCCCGAGUGAGGAAGGGAGAGUACGAUCCGUGAAGUUCCGCGUCACUGGUGAUGGACAGCCUCAAGACUGCGUUCGACCUAUAGUUGACCUUGUGAUUCUUGUGAGGGACAGUGGGGCUUAA